ACACAGAAGCCAAGUCGUUAUAAUAGAGAAAAGAUUUGCCUUUUGUGUGUAGAGAAAAAAAGCUAAACUUUUCAAAACUAUCUCUGUCUAUAUAUCUUUGCAACGGCUAUCACUCUCUCUCGUCAGUUCAAUUCAUACUCCUGUGUAUCUCUUUUGCUGCUUCUCUAUACUUGUUUUAGCUCUCUACCAAACUCAAAUGCCCAAAACCCUUAAUCUCAAAUCUGUAUGAUCUUAUCUCAUGAUCUGAUCCACUUCGCAAAAAUCUCAGAUCUUCUCUGAUUUGAACUUUACACUUAAUGGGGAUUCAUAAGUAAAAGGCGAGGACUUUAGCUUCGUGAGGUGAAAAACAAAAUGGACAUUGUUGAGAGAAAACGACCAAGAGGAGCGUUUCUAAAUCUGUUUGAUUGGCCUGGCAAAUCAAGGAAGAAGCUUUUCUCAUCCAACACAUCUCAAAUCUCUGAUUCAAAGCAAGCAAAGGAGAAUGUUCCAAACCAAUCAAUUACACAACAUUCUCUUUUUGAGGUUGAUCAGACAGUAAAGAACUCAACUUUCAAUCCAAGAAGCGACUCCAGCUGUUGUGCAUCUUCUGUAACUAGUGAUGUUGGAAAUGUAGCUAGAGCACCGAGUGUGGUAGCAAGGCUCAUGGGUUUAGAGUGUUUACCACUACCAAACGUUAUGGAACGUCCUGAUACUGAUCCAUACUUUCUCAGAUCCUCUCGGCAAACAAACACUUCUGAUCAUCAGAGUGACGUUUCGUUGGACCAUUUGGAUUCAAGAACCAGUAAAGGGCCACGUAAGAGGAUGAUUGAGAGGUUUCAAACUGAAACCAUGCCUCCAAGAACCGCUAAACCGAUCUCUGUCACUCACAGUAAGCUCUUGUCUCCUAUAAGGAACCCUGGGUUUGUUCCAUCUAGGAACCCUGCAUGUGUAAUGGAAGCUGCUUCAAGGAUGAUAGAGCCAAGUCCCCGGAUGAUGGCAAGGACACGUGUGGUUCCGUCAUCUGAUUCUUCUUCUCCGGUUCCUUUAAGGAUCAGAGACUUGAAGGAGAAACUAGAAGCUGCUGCACAGAAAGCUUCAGCUUCAGGCCCUCAAAUUUUUAAUGAUAAUAAGAAAACUAAAGCUUUGGGGAAAAACAGUUUAACAACAUCCUCAAGUGGAAACAAAAGGAGCCAAAAGGAGAAAGGAGAAGCUAAGAGCCGUGCAGUGAAAAGCCAGAAUGGUCUCAAAGGAUCUUCCUUAAGCGCAGGGAAGAAGAAUGUGCUUAAGCAGAAUCACCAGAAGCAAAACUGCAAAGACAAUCAUCAGCAAAGUAAGAAAGCAAUGAACAAAGUUGUAAACAAGAGUCUUCCUCGAAGCAAGAAACCGCGAAAUGGGGUGCAAGAAGCUGGAAUCAAAAGGGGUGAGAAGUUGAUGAAAUGCAACGUUUCCAUUGAUGAUCAGAAAAGGGAAAAGGAUGUGAUUUCUUUCACUUUCUCUUCUUCAAUGAAAGGUUUAUCAUCUCAGUCACAAGGAACCAAACAAGAUGCAGACUCUGCUGUUAAGUUCAAUGUAAUAGGUGGUGAUUCAUUAAAUGCGCUUCUGGAGCAAAAGCUCAGGGAACUGACCUCGAAGAUUGAAUCAUCUAGCCUAAUCCAAGAAGAGUCUUUAAAAUCCAUUUCUAGUUCUAGCUUGAUCCAAGAAGAGAGUGAAUCUGUUUCUGACUGCACUUCAUUCUAUAAAAACCAGAUAUGUCAGAAGAAGAAGAUGAUGCAGGGAGAAGAAGAACAUGACGUUAGCAGCAUCAGCACUCUUGCAGAAGCUAAUGAUGUCACACUCUCCUGCAAUACGAGUUUCUCGGACUGCAGACAAGACAGUGAAAAUGGCAUGAGAGAGAGUUCACCAGAUCAAGAAGUCACUUGGGUUUCAUCAACAGUGAAUUGGGAGUUUGAGUACAUAACCGAGAUUCUCAACUCUAGCCAGCUCAUGUUUCAAGACUUGGCCUCAGGGACAACUACUAGUGAAGUAUUAUUACCCUCAAGCCUCUUUGAUGAAAUGGAAUGCUCUCGGGGAGCUGUAACGUCAAUGAAGAUGGAAAGAAAGGCGCUUUUCGACUGUGUGAACCAAUGGUUAGCAGUGAAGUUUGAAAGGAUGUUAGUUGGAACCUGCAAAGGGAUGAUGUUGUUGUUGUCGGAACAUAGAGAUUUGUUGGCUGAAGAAGUGAACAGGGAAGUCAAAGGGUUGGAGAAGAUGAGAGAGAUGAUGAUAGACGAGCUUGUGGAUCAUGACAUGAGCUGUUUUGAAGGGAGAUGGGUUGGUUAUGAGAGAGAGAUGUUUGAGGAAGGCAUUGAUAUAGAAGGAGAGAUAGUUUCUACUUAGGUUGAUGAUUUAGUUAGUGAUCUUUUCUCUAUUG